AUGACUACCUCAUCCCUGAACUAUCACAUACUCACCAAUUGUCCUCCAACCUACCUCAAUCGCAAGACCAAAGCUCAUGCUAUCGAGUCUACUGAAGACAUUGCUCUUGCCGCUCCAUGGCUGAGUCGCAUAGUGACGGAAGGAGACUCUGUAGGACCACUACUCCGAGACAUCAAGAUCCUGCGACGGACCGUCGAGGUGGCUGCGGAUGGGAAUGAAGCAGCUAUCUCUUUGUUCGCUAAACUGAGCAACAUCCUCCCGAAAUUGCUCGACCUUUACAGCAGUGUCAAAACCCUGCCUGCUCCUGCUGUCGACGAUCUUGAUGCGAUUGACACCAGAAACGUCCUGUGCACAGCCGGCCGGUGGUUGGGUACUGAAGACCCUGCAGCUCUACGUGAAGCUAUCGAUGGGUCUCUUUCCUCGACUGCAAAUGACGACAUUAUCGAAUUUUUCGAAAGGAUCACCGAAGACAAAGCCUUUGUAUUGCAUCACAACGACGUCGUUCGACUUUUCCCCAUCAUCACUCGGUCACUCGACCAUCAAAGCCUAACCUCAAAUAUCAAUGUCCUCCUCGCUCUCAGUCGUCGUCGACCAGACCUCAUUCUCGCCAACCUUCCAGAAGUUGUGGAUAUCCUGUCCAUCAUGUUCAAAACUCUCCAGAGGUCUCGCAAGCUUCCCUCUCCUACCAGUGAUGAACCACAGCAUCUUUCUAGACUUCUCGUUGCAUUGACACAAAUGCGACUGAAGACUCACGAAACCAGUCCUCUGGCUAAACACAUCCCCGCAAUUCUCGUCGCCUAUGUUCGCGCCGCUGCCGACCUGCAUGUCGGAUAUACCCCUUCGGUACGUCGUGAUUUAGAACCUGGACUUUAUGCCUUGUGCAAUCUUGCUACAGCUGGUGGGCGAGCUCACGCACGAGGAAGAGAAGGUGAAGGACUGGGUACACCGUUCGGUCUAGGUGAGGGUCCAGGAGGUGAAGGUGAGAGAGAACUAUGGGCAGAUCUAUGGCAGAAUUGGAGUAAAUCUAGAUACAUGGGUCAGGGAUGA